GAGGCGUCGUGUUAGUUAUCAUCCUCAAAGCGAAGCUUUCACUGCUGACGCUAAUGGUUGAAUAGGAGUACUGUUAUUGUCAAGUUCACUGCAGAUGCCAGUUGGAAAUUAUAGCACGGGUCACUGCAUAUCACUAUUGUGUGCUGUUCCUGUAAACCAGUACCGUUUAAAGGGAUUUGUUUAUAACAGCUGAGCUGCAUAUAUACAAACAAGUGUGAACAUAAAGGAGUAUACUUAAUCGUCUGUGGUGCGGUGUUGUCAAUAUAGUUGUGUAACAUUCCGCUAGGAGAAUUAUCAUUGCCGUUGUUAAUAAACAAGAUGAACGCGACGGAAAGCUGUUAUCGAUUUAGAGACCUUGGACGGCGAAAGCGUCGCUGCCAUGCUUUCCGGCGUGGGAAGGAAUAGUGGUUACGCGCUGAACAGCCGCAAUACGCAGUACCACCAUGUUUACAUUGUGGUGAUCAGAAUGCACCAACUUAAGCAUUUUCGUUCCUAUAAAAGGGAGACGGCGCAGUAAACGACAGUGAAAAUGGCAGCCGGAAGGCAAAAGCUGACUGUACCAACAAUCGAAGCACCUAGCACUGGCAGAAGGGAAAUUAUCUCCAUGCUAGGCAAAAAUUAUGGCUGUGGACAGUGUGGUGCUCCUCCACCUGGCCCUCCACCGGGUGCCCCUGGUCAAGUGGGGCCUCCAGGGGCAGUGGCAGUCCCCCCUGGCGCAAUGGGUCUUGUUCCCCCCCAACAACCUCAUCAACCCCCGCAGCCUCCUGAGUUGCCCAUGUUUAAUUGCCCUAGAAGACCAAAUCUUGGCCGGGAAGGAAGACCUAUUGUAUUGCGAGCAAAUCAUUUUCAAAUUUCGAUGCCAAGAGGGUUUGUCCACCAUUAUGACAUUAAUAUUCAACCAGACAAGUGCCCUAGAAAGGUGAACCGUGAAAUAAUAGAGACAAUGGUGCACGCAUACAGCAAAAUAUUUGGAACACUAAAACCUGUUUUUGAUGGUCGAAAUAAUUUGUACACAAGGGAUCCAUUACCAAUUGGUAAUGACAGAGUUGAGUUGGAGGUGACUUUGCCAGGUGAAGGCAAAGAUCGUGUAUUUCGUGUUACAAUAAAAUGGAUUGCUCAAGUGUCAUUAUUUGCCUUGGAAGAGGCCCUUGAAGGGCGUACAAGACAAAUUCCUUAUGAUGCCAUAUUGGCAUUGGAUGUUGUAAUGAGGCAUUUGCCUUCCAUGACUUACACACCAGUUGGCCGUUCAUUUUUCUCAUCUCCUGAUGGGUAUUAUCAUCCAUUAGGUGGAGGUCGUGAGGUGUGGUUUGGAUUUCAUCAGUCUGUACGUCCAUCUCAGUGGAAAAUGAUGCUCAAUAUUGAUGUUUCUGCAACUGCUUUUUACAAAGCACAGCCGGUUAUAGAGUUCAUGUGUGAGGUCCUGGACAUACGGGAUAUAAAUGAGCAGCGUAAACCACUGACAGACUCUCAACGUGUUAAAUUCACGAAAGAAAUAAAAGGUUUGAAAAUUGAAAUAACUCAUUGUGGAACAAUGCGACGAAAAUACAGAGUCUGUAAUGUUACAAGGAGGCCAGCACAGAUGCAAUCGUUUCCACUGCAGCUAGAGAAUGGUCAGACAGUUGAGUGUACUGUAGCUAAAUAUUUUCUUGAUAAAUAUAAAAUGAAGCUAAGGUACCCCCACCUGCCUUGUCUACAGGUCGGACAGGAGCAUAAACAUACAUACUUGCCACUGGAGGUGUGCAAUAUUGUGGCUGGACAGCGUUGUAUCAAGAAGUUGACAGAUAUGCAGACAUCAACUAUGAUAAAAGCUACAGCGCGUUCUGCUCCCGACCGUGAGCGUGAGAUAAACAGCUUGGUGAGGCGAGCUGAUUUCAACAAUGAUGCCUAUGUACAGGAAUUUGGGCUCACCAUCAGCAACAACAUGAUGGAAGUGCGCGGACGUGUCCUGCCCCCACCCAAACUACAGUAUGGUGGCAGGGUUAGUUCGCUCAGCGGACAGACAAAGCAACAAGCAAUGCCCAAUCAAGGUGUGUGGGACAUGCGAGGCAAGCAAUUCUUUACUGGUGUUGAAAUAAGAGUCUGGGCAAUAGCUUGCUUUGCUCCCCAGAGAACAGUGAGAGAGGAUGCAUUGAGGAAUUUUACGCAGCAACUUCAAAAAAUAAGCAAUGAUGCAGGGAUGCCAAUAAUUGGACAACCUUGUUUCUGUAAGUACGCCACUGGUCCUGACCAAGUCGAGCCAAUGUUCAGGUAUCUGAAGUCAUCAUUUACGGCACUUCAGCUUGUAGUGGUGGUUCUUCCUGGAAAGACUCCAGUGUAUGCUGAAGUAAAACGUGUUGGGGAUACAGUACUUGGAAUGGCCACACAGUGUGUUCAAGCAAAGAAUGUGAAUAAAACUUCGCCCCAAACUCUGUCUAAUUUAUGCCUCAAAAUAAAUGUUAAACUUGGAGGUAUUAACAGCAUUUUGGUUCCAAGCAUUAGGCCGAAAGUGUUCAAUGAGCCAGUAAUAUUUUUGGGUGCAGAUGUCACCCAUCCUCCUGCAGGUGAUAACAAGAAACCUUCUAUAGCAGCUGUUGUAGGUUCAAUGGAUGCUCACCCUUCAAGAUAUGCAGCAACAGUUAGAGUCCAGCAGCACCGCCAGGAAAUCAUCCAAGAACUGAGCAGUAUGGUCAGAGAGUUGCUGAUAAUGUUUUAUAAAAGCACAGGAGGUUAUAAACCACACCGUAUCAUACUAUACAGAGAUGGUGUGUCAGAAGGACAAUUCCUUCAUGUUCUUCAGCAUGAGCUAACUGCAAUCCGUGAAGCAUGUAUAAAGCUGGAAGGAGAUUAUAAACCAGGGAUAACUUUCAUUGUUGUCCAGAAGCGACAUCAUACUAGGUUGUUUUGUGCAGAUAAGAAGGAACAAUCAGGAAAAUCGGGGAACAUACCUGCUGGAACUACAGUAGAUGUUGGUAUUACACAUCCUACGGAAUUUGACUUCUAUCUGUGUAGCCAUCAAGGUAUUCAGGGCACAAGUCGUCCAAGUCAUUAUCAUGUUCUUUGGGAUGACAAUCAUUUCGAUUCAGAUGAAUUGCAGUGCUUGACCUAUCAGUUGUGCCACACUUAUGUACGCUGCACUCGUUCUGUCUCUAUACCUGCUCCUGCGUACUACGCCCAUCUUGUUGCCUUCCGUGCUCGCUACCAUCUAGUGGAGAAGGAACAUGACAGUGGAGAAGGCUCACAUCAGUCAGGUUGCAGUGAAGACCGCACUCCUGGAGCUAUGGCACGUGCGAUAACAGUGCAUGCUGACACUAAGAAAGUGAUGUACUUUGCGUAAUCAGUGUAGUAGAACUAUUAAUUGAGAAUCAUUUAUUUUAAAUGUCUUACGAAGAGACUUCAAAUAGUCUCCGUUUGACUGUGAUGACAUGUGCUUCACUCAGGCAACAUUCCUUGUGAAGCUGUGGAGGAUUUGUUGAACUGAAAAAAAUAAUUGAAACACCAAUUUUCUUCAGAAUUAAUGAGGAAAUAGUUAAUUACUCAUGGAAAUGAGCAGCUAUAUGGAGAAGAGAGAUUGUUCAAGUAUUUGUGUGCCUGUGUGUGCAUAUGUUGUAUGUUUUUUAUGUGUGUGUAUUUUCAAUCACGUCCGUCACAAAAAGACUCCAGACAAUAGGUGACAUGCCGGGUAAAUGGUAAAUGCAUUUAUCAUGUUGUGAUCCAAUUUUUAAAAUGUGGAUAUGUUGAUGUGUUAAUUUGAUAUAACAUGUACCAGAAGAUUUUAAAGGAGAUGCUAAGGUUUCCAUUUUAUUUAUGUAAAUUUAUGAAUGUAAGCAUUGAGCACUGUGUGAUGCUUGAAGCGAAGACAUAUAUUGUGAUGAAAAAAUGUAACAUGUAUCAUGUGCCGAGAUCUUUUAGAACCUUUUCUGUGUUAUGUUAGUUAUCAUAUUGUGUGUACAGAUAUUCUCUCUCUCUCUCUCUCUCUCUCUCUCUCUCUCUCUCUCUCUCUCUCUUUCUCUCGUGUGUGUGUGUGUGUGUGUGUGUGUGUGUUUUCAUGCAUGUGGUUGGGUGGGACAGGAAAGAAUAUGUAGUUAGUAUAAUUUCAGUUGCAUUAUUUGUUUGAUAGCAGUUUAUUUGUACAAUAAUUGUGUCACCAAAUCUGUUUAAGGUUGCACAAUGUAUAAUCUUUCUGCACUUUUGGCACUCAAACCUUGCAAAGGGACAUCAUGAACUGGGAAUAAUUAAUCUUUCUGUUUGUUAAAUUAUGUAAAGUUUUUGGAUUUCUUCUUGUUGAGAUUUGAGUCAUUGCUAACUAAUUGUACAGAUGAAAUUCCACAAAUUGUUUUCAUAGUACUCUGUUCAGAGUAGCAAACUGUAAAUAUUUUAGUAUCAUUGUUGUCCCUUGUAAAGCACUAUUUGCUUUGGGAAUAUUGUGAUCUUAAUUUGAAGAACCUAGAAUAUUUCUAACCUUUCUGCAAAACAGAGAGGCAAGGAAAAAAACCUCUAUAAAAGUCUAUAAACAUACUGUUUUGCUCAAACCUGUUUCUCAAAUUUUAAAAUUUUAAUACUCGGUAACUCUGUAGAUGAUUGCAAACUGUCUAGUCAUAAAUUCAUUUAUGUAUAUGUUUCUGUAGAUCUGAGUGCUUAAUUGAAAUUACUUGGAAAUGUUUCGCUGAAGAUACCAGUCACAGUAAUAGAUCAAUAUGACUAUGUUUGUCAAUCAUUGUACUUACUUGAAAUUCAAUCAUAUGUUUAUUUUACUACACAGAUGUUGAAAAUGAUACCAGACAUUUUUCCCCUCUACAUUACUGGAUAAACUUAGUAAUAGUUUGUAAUUUGACUAUAAGCAGAGAUAAGUGUAUUGCUUAUCAUAGCCACUGUAUGGUCCUGGCAUGAAAACUGAAUUGUGACCUAUCAUUUCCUCAUUUGUCACAAUACCAUAGCACGAUUUCUUAAUCAGUAAUGAGUGCAGAAAUUGUAUUUGUGUAAUAUUAGUUUUUGAUAUCAUAGUCAAUUUCUGUUUCAGUAUUUUCUGUUAGUAACUCUAUUGUAUCUAUGACAUUUAUGUGCCAUUCUCUCUGCAUGUAUUUUAUUUUAUACUUUACGACUUCUUGUUAUUAAUAGCAGUGUGUAUGCACUAAUAUAAGCAAGACAUCACCAUUUAUAUAUUGUGGAGGUAUUGUAGUAUUAUUUGAUCAGUGGACUGGGAAGCAUAAAGAUGUCACAAAAGAGCAGAUGUCUCAAGACCAUAAAAUGACAAAUCCAUGACUAGGUGGCAAUGUCUGAUUAUUACUUUUGUGUGCAUUUUUGUGCUGUUUAAUGUGUUCCAUCCCCCAGUAUUCUCCAUAAAAAUCUCAUUUAAUUUUAAAUGGGAAAGCAGAUUAUGCAAACUAAUAUUGUUUCCAUUGAUGAAAUAAGCUUGAUUAUUAGGUCAGUUAAGAACUGAGCUUGAGUGGUUGAUGUAUAACAAACAGCAAAUAAGAUAAUUACAGAUUGUUAGCUGUUGCACCUAGGUCCUCAUUAGUAAUGAAAGAAAUCGUAAGAAAUGGGAAAAGAAAAAUGCGAACAGAUUUCAAAAAUCCAUGUCCAUUUCCGCCCAAAAACUUCUGAAUACACUUUUCAUUUUUCAUUGCUUUCUUUUCAUUUUAUAAAAUGAAAAUGUACCUAUUUACCUACCGUUAUUUGUUAGAAAUUGUUAAUUCUAUGCGUGUCCUGUCAUUGGAGGAAAGUUGCUAUUGAAAAAUUAUGCAACAUUACCCACAACAUUUAUGCGCUGAGUUAACUUGUUGGCUAGAAUAAUGAUACAUUUAGUUUUUGUUUGAUGUGUUGUUUGUUUGAUAACCCUUAUUAUUUGAGGUUCAAAUACAUUUUGAGAGUAUCAGUGCUUUUGAAAGUAAAGACUAUAUUAUUCAACACUAUUUGUUGUUUAGUGUUACUCACUACGAUAAGGAGUUUAAGUUUGAUAUAAAGAUUUUGAUAGUUUCCCA